AUGGCCCCGUGUACUGGAUGGGACGUAACAUUUUUAGAGGGCAGUGUUAUGGCUGUGGAUAGGGAGACAAUUCUCGAGUUUUUAUAUGCACACGGGGUGUUAAAAAGUACGAGAAAGUGUGGUGGUUACGGCAGCGUAUUAAAAGUGAAUACGGAAGGAAAAUUUAAGUGUAGCAAAAUGGUCUCCAAAAAUAAACAGGCAAAAAAGCGUUGCGGCUUUACUGUAUCGGCAAGGAAGGGGACUUAUUUUGAGUCAGCUAAAUUGCCGAUAGAGAAAGUGUUUACUUUGGCGUCGAUUUUGCUAUGGUUAAAUCCUCCUAGGUAUGGCUUCAUUCGGGAUAACUUGAAAAUUGCUCAACAAACUGUUACCGAUUGGUACUCUUUUUCACGUGAGGUCUUUGUGAGUUUCGCAAUGAAACACUUAGAGAAAUUGGGUGGAGAAGGCAGUUUAAUUGAAUUAGAUGAAGCAAAAUUCGGCAAGCGAAAGUACAAUGUCAGAAGAAUCGUUGACGGGGUUUGGGUAUGGGGAGCCAUUGAUCGAAACUCCAAGAAGUUCUUUUUAGUGCCGGUCGAAAAAAGAGAUAGAGACACUUUGCUUGGAGUGAUUAAGAGAAAACAGUAG